AGCCUCCUGCUCUAUUUCUUCAUCUCUCGCUACCGUCUUUCCUUGCCUCUGGCUCCUCCUGGGUGAUCUACACCAUGCGGUACUAUGAGCAGCGUUAUCCGGAGGUCGACGAGCUGGUGAUGGUCCAGGUCCGUCAGAUAGCAGAGAUGGGUGCCUAUGUCAAGCUGCUCGAAUAUGAUAAUAUUGAAGGAAUGAUCCUGCUCUCGGAGCUCUCGCGUCGUCGUAUCCGAUCCAUCCAAAAGCUGAUUCGAGUUGGCCGGAACGAAGUCGUGGUCGUGCUGAGGGUGGACAAGGAGAAGGGGUACAUUGAUCUGUCCAAACGCCGUGUCUCCCCAGAAGACAUCGUCAAGUGCGAGGAGCGCUACAUGAAAUCCAAGACCGUCGCCUCCAUCCUGCGGCACGUCGCCUCGAAGCUGCCCUCGCUCGACGCGAACGGCCUGCCCGUCGACGCCCCCCCGGAGGCGGAGAAGGAGAGCAAAAAGAACCGGCGCGCGAAGAAGGAGGCGCAGGAGGCGGGCGAGGGCACCGUGGAGGAGAACGCCGCGGCCUCUGCGAGCGAGGAGGAGCGCCUGGAGCAGCUGUACGAGCAGAUUGCGUGGCCGUUGGGGAAGGUGUACGGGCACCCGUAUGAUGCAUUCAAGCUUGCUCUCACGGAAAAGGACACGGUAUUCUCAUCAUUACCGAAUCCCGUGCCAGAAAAUGUCCUGCAAAUACUGAUGAAUACGAUUGCUCGGCGACUGACGCCUCAGCCCAUCAAACUACGAGCCGACAUCGAGUUGACGUGCUAUACCCCAGCUGGCAUUGACGCGAUCAAGAAGGCCCUGCGGGCGGGAGAGAAGGAGAGUAGUGAUGCAGUCCCAAUAAAGGCCAAGCUUGUGGCACCCCCUCUUUACGUCCUCAGCACAAAUGCGACGGACAAAUUUGCAGCUGUAGACAGACUGGAGCGUGCAAUUGACUCCAUACAACAUACCAUCGAAGAGCAGGGUGGCGCAUUGGUGGUAAAGAUGAAGCCCAAAGCCGUCUCCGAGACCGAAGAGCACGACCUUGCACAGCUCAUGGCCAAGGCCAGCCGCGAGAACGCGGAGGUGUCGGGUGAUGAAGACGACGAAGAAGCUAUUGCAUAAUCUCGUGUACGGCGUAGGCCCAUGUAGCUUAGAAUAUCUCGAGGAUCGUAUUUGUAUCGGUAUAAGCAAAUGUCAUAGCGUGAACACGAUCGACUCUAGCUAAACGUCCAUAAUUCCGC